AUGGUUAUACGUCAUGAGAAGAUUGGUGGAAUAGGCAAAACAGUCGAAAUAGACGAGUCGAAAUUUGGUCGACGUAAAUACCAUUGUGGCCAUCGAGUAGAAGGCCAAUGGAUUUUUGGAGGAAUUGAGCGGGAAUCUGGGCUUUGUUUUCUUGUUCCUGUUGAACGUCGUGACAAGGUCACAUUGUUGUCAUUAAUUAAAGACUGGAUAUUGCCGGGCACGUGUAUAAUUAGUGAUUGUUGGAAGGCUUAUGAUUGUUUAGAAGAAGGUUUCCGACACGUGACAGUGAAUCACUCUAUUAAAUUUAUCAAUCCAGAUACCGGGGCACAUACCAAUAAUGUUGAAGGCAUGUGGCGCCAUGCAAAAGCAUCACUGUCAAAGUACUGCCGCAAAAAAAAAUUUUUCCGUGGUUACAUGGCAAAAUGUAUGUUUGUUAAGCGUUGUCGUUACCAAAAGUUGGACGUAUUGACAGAAUUUUUUAAGUACGCUGGUCAACUUUACGACCCAAUCUUGCUGAAUGACUACCCUAAUUUUCCAACUGCAGAAUGCUCCUAUACAACCACUAUAAACAAUGAUAAUUCUUUGGCGCAACAGAUAAAAACUAUUUUAUCCAAAUACCAAGAUGGAGAGUUUGUAUUAGAUUAUUACAAACUUAAAUUACAUUUCAAUGAGGCCAUGCGAAAUAAACUAGUUUCUGUAAUAAUAAAAGAUCAAAUUCGCUCCCAAGUCAUUUUAAAUAGAUCAAGGUUUAUAAUUUUAGCAAAAGGCAUUGAAGAAUUAUUUCCUUAUGAGACUGAGAAAACUUAUUUCAUACUGUACUGUAAAGAGGGUAAUAUAAUAAGUCCCAAUAGAGGUAAACUAUAUGGAAAAUUUUGUAAUAUUAAAAAGGAAAUCAGCAAGAUAAGUAAUGUAAAGAAAAGGCAUCUGGGGGUCUAUUUUUGA